GUCACAAGUCAUAUUUUCUCAACUUUCCUACCAACUCUUCUUGCUCAUAAAGUUUUUGCGACAAUUACCUCCCUUCCUCUGAGCAAGAUUCAAUUGAGAAAUUACUCAAUUUCUUCUUCCGGAUUUAGUUGAGCCAUUGUGAUUACUUUCAUUCCUUCUCUUUAUUCGUUUGCCUCUUGAGGUUCGAUAUCGGAACAUAUCUACAGAAACUCCACUUUGAAAUUGAACAAAAGUCAAGAUGCUUCGUUCAAUACCCGCCAGGCGUGCUAUUCGCACAAUUGGUAGCAGUACAAGAUGGUUGGAUGUCGCUGGUGCAAGGGGUUUGUCGAAUCGUGUGAAGGCGGCGGGUGGUAUUAUGGUUGAGAAGAAGGGCACGAGGGCGCAAGCUACUGCUGCUCCUCAAGCUGCUAGUCAAGUUAGAGAAAGUCCAAGUCCAGCAUUCAAUAACACAUCUCCGAAAAACGAUUCAGGCAAGGAAUUGGCAGGACAGGGACAAAGAUACUCGGAGAUGGAUGAGUCAUUUAUUGGCAUGACCGGUGGAGAGAUCUUCCAUGAGAUGAUGUUACGGCAAGAUGUCAAACAUAUCUUCGGCUAUGCAGGAGGAGCGAUUUUACCAGUUUUCGAUGCGAUUUACAACUCGAAACAUUUCGAAUUUAUCUUACCAAAACAUGAACAAGGUGCUGGACAUAUGGCGGAAGGAUAUGCCAGAGCUUGUGGUAAACCUGGUGUUGUUCUCGUUACAUCUGGACCUGGUGCUACCAAUGUUAUUACUCCAAUGCAGGACGCUUUAUCUGAUGGAACGCCAAUGGUUGUUUUCACCGGACAAGUUGUUACAACUGCAAUUGGAAGUGAUGCUUUCCAAGAAGCCGAUAUCAUUGGCAUCUCGAGAGCUUGUACAAAGUGGAACGUUAUGGUUAAGAACAUUGCUGAACUCCCAAGAAGAAUCAAGGAGGCUUUCGAGAUUGCUACUUCUGGAAGACCUGGACCAGUUUUGGUAGAUUUACCAAAGGAUGUUACAGCUGGUAUCUUACGAAAGGCCAUCCCUACCCACCACAUCAUGCCAUCUUUACCCAGUCAAGCCUCAAGAGCGGCCCAGGCUGUUCAAAAGAAGCAACUUGCAGGUUCAAUUGAACGUGUUGCAAAAUUAAUCAAUAUCGCCAAGAAGCCAAUCAUUUACGCUGGUCAAGGUGUUAUCUCUACUCCAGAGGGUCCUAAAUUGCUCAAGGAGCUUGCCGAAAAGGCAUCCAUCCCUGUCACGACAACUCUUCAAGGUCUUGGUGGAUUCGACGAGCUUGAUGAGAAGUCUUUACACAUGCUUGGUAUGCACGGUUCUGCAUACGCUAACCUCUCCAUGCAAGAAGCUGAUCUCAUCAUUGCUCUUGGAGCACGUUUCGAUGAUCGUGUAACCGGAAGCAUUCCAAAGUUUGCCCCAGCAGCAAAGGCAGCAGCAGCUGAAGGUCGUGGUGGCAUUGUUCACUUUGAAAUUAUGCCAAAGAACAUAAACAAGGUUGUUCAGGCUACCGAGGCUGUUGAAGGUGAUGUUGUUACCAACCUUGCUCAACUUCUUCCAGCGGUUGACAAGAAGACCAUGGAUGAACGCAAAGAAUGGUUUGACCAAAUUAGAUUCUGGAAGGAGAAGUUCCCUCUUUCUCACUACGAAAAGGCUGAACGAGGUGGUCUUAUCAAGCCACAGACUUUGAUCGAGGAACUAUCAAAUUUGACUGCCGAUAGAAAACAUGAGACCAUCAUCGCUACUGGUGUCGGUCAACAUCAGAUGUGGACUGCACAACAUUUUAGAUGGAGAUAUCCAAGAACUAUGAUCACAUCUGGUGGUCUCGGUACCAUGGGUUACGGUCUUCCAGCAGCUAUCGGUGCAAAGGUUGCCAAACCUGAUGCUCUUGUCAUAGAUAUCGAUGGAGAUGCAUCGUUCAACAUGACACUUACUGAACUCUCCACUGCAGCUCAAUUCAACAUCGGCGUCAAGGUAAUUGUCCUUAACAACGAAGAGCAGGGAAUGGUUACUCAAUGGCAAAACAUCUUUUACCAGGACAGAUACGCUCAUACUCACAGUGUCAACCCAGACUUCAUGAAAUUGGCAGAUGCAAUGGGUGUACAACACAGAAGAUGUAUCAAGCCAGAUGACGUAAGGGAUUCUUUGAAAUGGUUGAUUGACAGUGAUGGACCGGCACUCUUGGAGGUUGUUACCGAUAAGAAGGUACCUGUCUUACCAAUGGUACCAGCAGGAAAUGCUUUACAUGACUUCUUAGUCUACGAUCCAGUGAAAGAUAAAGAAAGAAGAAAGAUGAUGAAAGAAAGAACAUGUGGUUUACAUGGAUAAAUACAAUGUUUCUCUUCUUCGUGUAAUUUUUUUCUUAACAAAAAUAACUUUUUACUACAACUUAUUACAUGAAUGAGGGCAUCUCAUAGUUGAUAUUUGGGCGUCUUUUUUUCCUGCUGGUAUGCAUCAUGGGCGGAAAAGCGAAACAAUUCAAAAGUCUCUUCGUUUUCGUUGAAUUGGGUGGUUCUGGUUUUAGCCUGGCUUUCAAAAUUCCUAAUUGGAAAUUGCUUGAAGAAUGAAAAUAUGGGGAGGGAAUAUUGGUCAGAGAGUUGGAUGUGGGGAUGUUUGAAAGCGAGGAAAGGGGGGACUGGGGAAUGGAUUGAGGAUGAAGAGAUAAAUAAAAGGAAGGAAGUAACUAGUGAAAGGCCAGUGUAUGUAUAUAGGAAGGAUAGUAAUGGAUGAAUCAAUGGGUGGAUGGGAAGGAUGGACAGACAUGAAUUGAUGGUUAUGAAUAUUUCAAUUGCG